AUGGAGAGAGACCUGUAACACGCCACCGUCCGAUUCACAGCAAACCGGGCUAAAAUCCACGAGCAGCUUAUCAAGAAAAUGCCAGGAUUGAAAAAUCGCACAACAUGGGCUCCACUUUUGCUGAAAACAUCCGACAUCACUUCCUGUGCAAACGGCUGCUCUCUGGGCAUCACGGCUCAUCUUACAUAUGUGAAUACUGACCCUGACCCUGUAGAGGGUGUGUUUGUGUAUCCUCUGGGGGAGAAGGAGGUUGUGGUGGGUUUUGAGGCAGUAGUUUCCGGCAGGCUGGUCAGUUUGGAGCUCCAGAGCCGUGGGAAGCUAGAGGACUGCUGUCUAGACUGCUGCCCAGGAUCGGCACUGCACACUCAGUGUGGUCACAGCAAGGAGUGGGGAUGCUGUGGAGGAACAGGUCUGGAAAUACAGUGCUCCAACGGUCAUCUGUUGCUGGAUGAGGACCUAGAGAGGAGCACUUUCAUUGUGAGCACAGGCCAGAUUGGACCGCUAGAAAUUGUGUCCGUUGUCAUCAGUACCACCCUUGAACUUCCGACACUUGAAAAUGGCGCAAUCCACCUGGUUUAUCCCACAGUGCUCACACCUAUAGUCAGAUCACGGAUCCAUCCAGGAAAGAGUGAAAAUGGGGGGAAAUCAGAUGAGAACAGCCCGACUACGUGCUUUGGCAGCGUGUCUGGGAAGCAGGAGAGGAUGCUGGGAGUCGGGCAGCAGUGCACACAUGCCUUGCUCAACAGCACGGCCACAAACCUCUCGCCUUAUCAGCUCAGUUUCCAGCUGCUGGUUCGAGGAGCUUGUCUGCUGGCCGGUCUGGAAAGCCCUACCCAUGCCCUGCGUGCAGACGCUGACCCCAGUGCACAGUCUGCGUCUGCAACCUACAUCACGCUGGCAGAGGAGCAUUCAUGUGACCGACAUCUGGAAAUAAUACUACACCUUAGCGAGCCUCACAGCCCAUUGGUCAUCCUAGAGAGGGGCCGACUCACAUUUAGUGAAUACGAGCAGCAGAUCCGUGCUCGACGUGAUUUCAACCGUUUUGCCAGAAAAGAGGCAGAGUCUGAGAAGAGGCUGGAGUUCGUGCGAAGACGCUAUCACAAGGAUCUGCUCUUGAACCCCGUCCUGAUGCUUAACUUCUGCCCAGAUCUACUGUCAGAACCAACAGAACUGCAGCAGGCCAGCAGAGAGCUCAUCUUCCUCAUUGACAACAGCAAUACAAUGACGCAGCACAACAUCAACAAGAUCAAGGAGGGAAUGUUGGUGGCUAUCAAGAGUCUGCCGACUCGCUCUAUACUGAACAUCACUAGCAUCUGCUCUACAGUCAGGCCUCUUUUCAACUCCAGCAAGCCCUGCACAGAUAGCACAGUGACUCAGGCAUUGGCGUACAUCCAGAAGAUUCGCACAGAUCAAGGUGGUGCUAACCUGUGGGGGGCACUGUCCUGGGUUUAUCGGCAGCCCAUCCACCGCAGCUGCCCGCGACAGCUCUUCAUCAUCAUGGAUGGAACCUGCAGCAAUGUAGGCCACGUUUUAGAACUGGUCAGGAGGAACGCCAGUAACGUCAGGUGUUUCAGUCUGGGUCUUGGUCCUCAGGCCUGUAGGAGGCUACUGCAGGGCGUUGCCAAGGUUACAGGAGGCAGUACAGAGUUUCUCAGUGAGGAAGAAAGGCUCCAGCCAAAGUUGAUUAAAUGUCUAAAGAAAGCUCUGGAACCUGUGUUGAUGGAUGUAAGGAUUGAUUGGUAUGUGCCGGACAAUGUGGAGGCCCUUCUCUCACCCAAUGAAAUUCCUCCGCUCUACCCUGGCAACUGCCUGAUUGGCUACUGCACUCUCUAUGACAUGUCUGGAUUCAGGGCCCAGAAAAGUGAGCAGGUGAAGCCUCGUCCAUACAGAAGCCGUCCACGUGGUUCUUCAGGGUCGGUUUUUGAGUUCUCUCCCUCAACAUCUGAGCUUAUUCAGCCUCUGGUUCCUCCAGAGGAACGAGAGAGAGAUGCUGUAAAAGAGUGCGUGGUGGAAGGAGACUUUGAGGAGGCGCUGCUGGAAAUUUCACGCGAAAUCUCUUCGGAAUUCUCCUGCGCACAUACCACCGAUAACGCCGUCAGCCCUGGUGGCGACACUGACUACAGCACCAGUGAUGUGCGCUGGCGUAUUCAACAGGACUCCUAUGUUCAGGAUCAGUACGUGUUGACACACUGUUCUCUGAGCAGUGAGAAGGCCUUCUUGUCUGUUUCUCCCCAAGCAGAGAGCUCUGUGCUGGGCAUGGGUUCUCUGCCACAUGGCUUGGAGAGAAUGGAGCCCACACAGGGUAGAGGACUCUCACGCUGGGAAUCUCCAUGGACUCAGAACAUCACCUCUUCAGGGGACACGGAUUCUGCAUCAGGGAAGGCUGGCAAGCUCUUAGAUGAGUCUCGUCGCAGACAGAAGGCACUAGCUCGCUCUGCUCUGGCUGGCCGAAGUUUCUCAUCCCCGCAGGGUGACCUGGACAUGCACCGGCUCAGGAGGGCGCUAGAGAAGGUCUCAUUUGAGCAGGCCGUAGGAGGCCGACUAGAGGAGAGUGACACAGACACCCACAGCACUUCACGAGGAGGUCUAUCCCGCCCUAGUCUGACAGACUCCAAUGGCCUACUGUUUCCUGCUUCCCCGCUAGACUGGGACACCUUCACCGAUCCUGAAGGUCUAUUUUCAGCUGCUCCCCCAAACGAGUUCCAGGCUUCAGGGGCAGAGUGUCGCUCAGUCAUCCAUGGCAUGCUGGGAGGAAGGGCUGUAUCCUGGGAGGUCCGUGUGGAUCUGUCUCUUCUGUGGGACACCCUGUCAACCAGCACUGGGUCCUGGGAUGAGAUUAUCCACCAGCUGACCGCAAGAUCUGUUAUCAGAGACUUUGAAAACAUGGCGGAGAAAGAAACUGAUAUAGAAGUUGAAAGAGGUCCUUCCAGACGGUACAGAAUGAAAGCGAUCCAGACCAGCAAGAGCUGUGGAAUCGUCUCAAUGUACACAAGCUUCACCACCACUGACACCAACACGAGAAAUCAACCUCAGAGCACACGCAUACGACACACAGGUGUGUUGUUUGGGACCGGACACAAUUCUCACUCUGGCAGCAGACGACAGAAGUUGUGCUCGGUGGGAUUCGGACGCCGUCCCUCCAGCAGAGUCAGUGAAGAAACAGAAGACACACACACCUCAACAGACAGAGACGACACACCUGCAUCCCCUUGUAGCAUGACAUCCUGGGACAAAAGCACAGGAGGAAGCAUCAGUCCAUCAGCGGUGUCUUCUCGCUCUCAGCGCUCUGUGGAAAGUUUCUUCGGGUCUAAGUUCAAUCUGGGCAGACUAAAGGGCAACAAUGGAAAACAAGCUCCUCUUAAACCUCACUGUCUUUCUGCAGAGACUGAAAGACACAUGGAGACAGAUACACCUGACUACUUGCCCCUGGUGCGCCUACAGUUGGCAUCAGGUGCGUUUCUGCUGUCUGAAUCCUACUCCGAGUGCAUCCAGAUCCCUCUGGACCGGCUGAAAAGAGCGUCCCCGUACCUGAGCCACCGCAGCAGUCUGAGCCCCCCUUUCCGUUGUACCUCACCACCCACGUCAGCGAGACACAUGCGAGACUCAUGGGCCGACCCCUUGGAGGAAAGCUCUCCAAAAUUGGUAGGUGGAGUCACGCAGGCUGACAGUGGGCGGGGCUCUGAGACUGACACUUGUGAAGGUCCUCCAUUGGAUCCUGCAGAAACCCAUGGAGAGGAACUGGCACAAAUGGACAUAGAGAGCUCAAGCUGGGCCACGGCGGUGGCUCUGGCCUGGCUGGAGCACCGUUGCGCUGGGUUUUUCGUGGAGUGGGAGCUGGUGGCUGCCAAGGCAGAUUUCUGGCUGAAGUGUCAAUCGCUGCCAGAGGGGGUUGACCUGGCAGGGUUGAGGGCAGCGGCCAGGCAGCUUUUCCUGCUGUUGCGUCACUGGGAUGAAAACAUCAAAUUGAACGUGCUCUGCUACAACCCCAAUAACAUGUGAGAAAGGACCCCAAGAAACAUGUGAGCCACCAGGAUUUGAAGCCUCUAAGAUGAAGCUUUUGGCUCUUUAAUUGAAUUUAACCCUGUUGGCUAGACUCACAAUUCAACUUUAUAGCAGAAUAGAAUUUAUCGAAGAUGUCCUUCAAGAUGGAGAUAAAGGAUUGUGAGUGUGUUCCAGUUUUUUCUUAUGCCUAGACCACAAUACUGUUCAAGCUUUGCCUUAAUCUUUGGGCCUCGGUCUUAUUACGCAGUAGAAUGCAGUUCACUGCAAAUCUGAUAGCACUUUAUCUUAGCAAUAGCAUAAUUACUAUUAUGGGAUGCUUUGUGAAACCAAUCAUCAACAUAUAUAGCAGGCCAAAAUUACAGAUUCUUGCCUUAACUUACACCAUUCAAAAGUUUUGGGUGAGUAAGUGUUUUUGUUUUUCCAGCAAGGACACACUAAAUUAAUCAAAAGUGACAACACUUUCAAAUAAAUGUUAUUUUUAACUUUCUAUUAAUUAAAAGGAAUCCUUAAAAAAAUAUAUCAGUUUCCACAAAAAUAUUAUGCAGUACAAAUGGUUUCAACAUUGAUAACAUUAAAUGUUUCUUAAGCAGCAAAUCAGCGUAUAAGAAUGAUUUCUGAACAGUCAUGUGACACUGGAGUAAUGCGGAAAAUUCAGCUCUGUAAUCACAGUAAUAAAUUACAAUUUAAAAUAUAUUAAAAUAGAAAACAUUUCAAAUUGUAAAAAUAUUUUGUUUUUGAUUAAAUAAAUGCAACCUUGGUGAGCAUGAUGACUUCUUUUAAAAAUAUUUGAAAAAUCUUACUGACCCCAAACUUUUGAACUUAAGUGUACAACAGCUGUUUGAACUUGAUUCUUAGUUUAGUCGCGUUUUAAAUCUGAUUUAUUUUAAACCACCUUUUCAGCAUUGACUGAUUCUGUCAGUAUUUCUCAGUUUUAGAGCUGUUAAGCAUAUAAACAGUCUAAACAACAUUGGUAAAUUGUAUCUGUGUAGGCUCAUAUGUGUUUUUUGUUUUGUUGACAGAAAUUGAAUUGUGUGUUUGGCAAUGACUGCUUGCUUUUAGGCUUCUUGAGAUAUUUUGGAUUUAGGUAUUUAGUUUGUUCUUUUUGGAGUCUGCUUAAAAGCAUGAGUUUUCAGGUAACAUCACAAAAAUAAUCUGCAAAACCUUGGGCUUUUUCAUGUUCAAUCAUAGGAAGAAUCGGAACCAUGGUAACUAUGAAUGUUAUGAAACUGAGACUUUAUUUUCAAUCACUCACAAAUCUAUACAAUAAAAUGCUCUGAAUGAUUCCAAAUGACACUUCUUCAGGUUUUAAGAUACUGUUGUUUCAAACAGUAAGGGCUUUAAUUGUUCACCUGUUUUGCCCAGACUUUUGUACUCAUGAGCCUGUCAAAAAACUGGGAAAUGAAAUAAAAUCAUGGACAACA